GUAGGCGCCAACGUCCUAAUCCAGAAAAAUUGAUAGGACGGCCCUUUGUGCUAGGGUUUCUGGCGCCAACAAAUUUUCCAUCAUCGCAUCGUAACCCAGAAAGCACAAAAACUCAUUCAUCAAUUUCAUGCUAUAACUCCUUCUUAUUACACCAACAAAAUGUUAUCGUUAUAUUCUCCGAUGUUUUAAUAUCAACAAUAACAGGGUCUAUUUGCAUUGAUCUGGUAGCACGCGUUUUUUUUUUUUUUCUUUUAAUUAUCACAUGCAGAAAAUACAAACGAUCGUUUCUUAAAUUUUGUUUUUCGUUUGUAAUUGCGUUGAAUUUGAUCAAUAAGCCAUGUGCCAAGAUCCAUUGUAGGAUGUUUUGCAUUUCUUAUUAUUAUAAUUAUUAUAACAAGUUGUUGAAGGUUAUCCAAUUUAAUAAGAAAUUGGGAAUUUUGGAGAAGAUAGAAAGAGGUGGAUUUGCGUUGGUUCAUUAUGUAUGAAUCAGAAUUGUGUUGGAAUUUGUGUUGACAAGGCAGUGAUCAUCAUCAUAACGGGUUAACGGUGUAUGAUGAGAAAUAAUUUUGAUUGGGAAAAGAAUGGAAACCUGCAUACUUGUUGGUUCAGAGCUUGACGUAAUACGAAGAAGAAGAUGAAGAUGGCUAUUCAACAAUAUAUGGGUACCAUAAAGGUUAUCUUUUGCAGCAUUUUGGUUUUUCAUAUUUUGGUCGUAGUGAGCAGUGAAGAGAAAAAAACUCAAGAAGAAUUGAUCAGCCAAUUGUUUGAUCCAACAUCUGGAUUAUUAACUGAGGAUACGGCAAAGGUGUUAUGGAUCAUAUGUUGGGAAGAUUUGAUUCGAUUAAAGAAAGAAGUCGACGAUUUCAGCUUGUGCCUCCCAAAGGAAUCUUGCAGAAACAGCAAUGAAGUUAAUGUAGAAAUUGGGUCAGUAGCCAGAGAAAACAUCCAACAAAUGAUUCAUGCAUGUUAUCCUCAAUUAAAGGAAAAUGUUCUUAAGUGUUUUAGAAAAAACAAUUUUCCAAUCCAUGCUCUGGGGGAAGAGGAUUCCUCUAAGAUCUGGCAUGCAACAUACAUGGUAUCACCUUCAUCUAGAAGAUAUCUGGGUCAAGUUUCUCCCCAGCACCUAUCAGAAACAGCAAACAAGGAACAUGAAAUACAUAUAAGCAUUAAAGAUCAAGCAGAUGCAAAAGGAUCUGGAGGUGGCAUGGCAAUACCUCUGGUGGGAGCAGUUGUAGCUGUGGUAUUGGUCAUUUUGUGUUGUUAUCUAUUUUGUGGGAGUGGACAAGUUAGCCAGAAUGAUGAGAGACCCCUUCUCAGCAUGAGCAUGAAUGACUCUCUUGGUUCUUCUUCGAACCAUAUUCAAUUCAAGAAUUCAAUGAAAGAAGGAGAAAUUGGGAUUGACUCGUCAAGUAUUGAAUUAGGUGAUGAGAAGAGAAACUCAAUCUCGGUGAAUAAUGAAGAUGAAUCAGGGGAAGUUGGUAGUUCUUCUGUGAGACCAUCAUUUGAACUGAAACCUCCUCCUGGGAGAGUAGUUUCAAGUAAUGGAUUGCCUCCUUUGAAACCCCCUCCUGGAAGGCCUGAUCUUCUUCCUCCUCCUCCUGGAAGAACUGAUCUUCUUCCUCCUCCUCCUGGAAGAACCGAUCUUCUUCCUCCUCCUCCUGGAAGAACUGAUCUUCUUCCUCCUCCUCCGGGAAGGCCUGAUCUUGCUCCUCCUCCUCCUGAACCAGAUAAACCUUCUGAUAUUCUUCCUCUAAAACCUCCUCCUGGAAGACCUGAUCUUGCUCCUCCUCCAGCAGCACCAGCAGCACCAGCACCACCUCCUCCACCGCCUCCACCUCUUCCACCUUCUUCUUCUACUUCUAAUUCUGGUCCUCCCCCUCCUCCUCCUCCUCGUGCACCGCCGAAGCCUGGCGGUGCCGGACCUCCACCUCCUCCACUUCCUGGUGGCCCCAGAGGACCUCCCCCUCCUCCUGGCAAUGGCCCUAGAGCUCCACCACCACCUCCAAUGAGAGGCAAGGGUCCUCCUGGUCCCCCUGGUGCUGGUCCUAGACCUCCUCCACCCCCCGGUGCUGGUGGAGGUCAUGCAAGAGCUGCUUCCAAUCCAAAGGUUGUUGAGGAAGCCAGUUUUGAUGGGGAACCGUAUGUUCCUAAAACUAAGUUAAAGCCUUUCUUCUGGGAUAAGGUUCAAGCUAACGAUCAAGCAAUGGUAUGGAAUCAACUCAAAGCAGGAUCCUUCCAGUUUAAUGAAGAAAUGAUCGAGACACUCUUUGGCUUUAAUGCUGUGAGUACGGAUAAAGGAAAGGCACCGAAAAAAGAGCCUGCCCAAGCUACUCCCCAACUUAUACAAAUCGUCAACGCAAAGAAAGCACAGAAUUUAUCUAUUCUAUUAAAAGCAUUAAAUGUCACCGCAGAUGAAGUUUGUGAUGCACUUCUUGAAGGAAAUGAGCUUCCCGUAGAGUUCCUUCAAACCUUGUUGAAGAUGGCACCAACGCAGGACGAAGAACUUAAGCUUAGAGUUUUCAGUGGUAAUCCAGCCCAACUCACCCCUGCAGAUAGGUUCCUUAAAGCCAUAGUUGACAUUCCUUGUUCUUUUAAACGAAUGGAAGCAUUAAUUUACAUGGGUACUCUUCAAGAGGAUGUCACUAGUACUCGAGACUCCUUUGCAAUUUUAGAGGUUGCUUGUAAAAAGCUAAGAAGUAGUCGAUUAUUCCUGAAACUUCUUGAAGCUGUUCUGAAAACUGGGAAUCGUAUGAAUGAUGGGACAUUCCGUGGUGGUGCACAAGCAUUCAAACUUGACACACUGUUGAAACUAUCUGAUGUAAAAGGAGUAGAUGGCAAGACCACACUCUUGCACUUCGUUGUUCAAGAGAUAGUGCGCACCGAGGGCAUAAGAGCAGCACGCAUGGCAAAAGAGAAUCACAGUUUCUCGAGCAUAAAAACAGAAGACCUUCUAGACGAAGUCUCAAAUGAUUCAGAUGAGCACUAUCGUGAACUUGGUCUUCAAGUGAUUUCAUAUUUAAGCACCGAACUUGAGAGUGUGAAAAAAGCAGCAGCUUUAGAUGCUGAUGGGUUGGUAGGAACAACUUCAAGAGUAGGGCAUGGUCUCAUAAAAACAAGAGACUUUGUGAACAAAGAGAUGAGCAAUGUGAAGGGUGAUAAAGGGUUUAUUGAGACAGUGAAGAGCUUCAUAGACAGAGCUGAGGCUGAUGUCAAAAGUUUGCUAGAAGAGGAGAAGAAAAUCAUGGGUCUGGUGAAGAGCACUGGUGAUUACUUUCAUGGGGACACAGGGAAGGAUGAAGGGUUGAGAUUAUUUAACAUAGUACGAGAGUUCUUAGUAAUGUUGGAUAAGGUGUGCAAGGAGAUACAACUUGCACCACCAAAGAAGCCAGCAGCACCAGCAGCACCAAAAGGUGCAAAGCAAGAAACACCUAAUAAUUCUACUGCAAAGCAAGAAACGCCUAAUUCUAGUGCAAAGCAAGAAACACCUAAUUCUGGUGCAAAGCAAGAAACACCUAAUUCUAGUGCAAAGCAAGAAACGCCUAAUCCUCCUCUUCCUCCUGCUCAUGAUUUAAUUCGUCAAAGAAUUUCUCCAGUAAUUGCAAGUAGGAGGCCAGAUGACUUUAGUUCAGAUGAUGAUGACAGUCCUUAGGUUUAAGUUUGAAGUGGUACUUGUAAAACUCCUUUCUUUGCCCAUGUCCUUGUUGUAUAGCUUUAAUGUUGUAAUAGAGUCACCACUUGCUUAUACUUGUCUAAUUUUGAAGGGAAGAUAUUGUCUUGUUAAUCAUUUAAAUGUAGAUUCAUGUUUUUUUUCAA